AUGGAUGCAAAUUCAUUGCCAGUGAAGCGAUUUCUUCAGCUUCCUUGUGGUGGAAUCGGCGUAGAUACCGAUACAUAUUUCAAUGAUGCGAGCACUCAAACAGCUGCUCGAAUGGCGACUGGAAGCUUGAUCGAAUUGGCAACACAAGUCGUAGAAAAUCGAGUAAAAAAUGGGUUUGCCUGCAUUCGACCACCAGGUCAUCACGCUGAACGAGAAUUGGCCAUGGGUUUCUGUUUUUUCAACAAUGUUGCGAUCACCGCUAAAGUUCUUCAAAACAAAUAUCCAACUCAAUGUGCAAAAAUUGCGAUUAUUGAUUGGGAUGUUCAUCAUGGAAAUGGUACUCAAUUGAGUUUCGAAGAAGAUCCAAAUGUUUUAUAUUUGUCUCUUCAUCGACAUGAUAAUGGACACUUUUUCCCAGGAACUGGUUCAGUUACUGAAGUUGGAAGAGAAGCUGGAAAGGUUUGUUGGGAGGAUUAUUCAAAUUCAAUCACAUAAUUUCUAGGGCUUCACUGUCAACGUCCCAUUUUCCGGAGAUAUCAUGAGAGACGCUGAUUAUCUUGCCGCUUGGAGAGCAAUCGUCGAACCAGUGCUCGAAAGUUUCCAACCAACAUUCAUCCUCGUAUCAGCUGGUUUUGAUGCAGCUCGUGGACACGCCAACGCUCUUGGUGGAUAUGAAAUUUCACCAGAGCUCUUUGGAUUCAUGACAAAAAGUUUGAUGAAUUUCGCCAAUGGAAAAGUUGUGUUGGCUUUGGAAGGCGGCUAUGAUUUGACAAGUAUCUCACAAGCCGCUGAACAAUGUGUUCAAGCGCUGAUUGGUGAAUCUGAUGAUGCUGGAAGACUUAGUUCUGCUGCUCUGGAAACUCUUCCAUGUCUCAGUGCCCAGGAAACUAUUCAAAAGGUAUGUUCAUAUCAUUUAAAAAUGUAGAAAAUAAAAAUAAUCAAUAAUUUUCAGGUGAUUGCAAUUCACAAAGGAUCGUGGCCACUAUUGAGCUCUAAACAAGCAUCAAUCAAUACAACUGAAAUGCAAUGGCGACUUCAAAAUCCAUAA